CGCCCCCUAGUGUUCGAUUUGACGAUGUUCGUUUCAAGAUGGCUGCGCCCACAACGCCGAAGCGUGAGAAAAAUCUACGCCCGAAAGUCGGUGUCGUUGCGGUCAUCACUAGUCCACUGCAUCCUAAAUGUGUGGUCAUAGGGAAACGGAAGAACAUACUUGGUGACGGGUACUAUGCUCUGCCAGGGGGGCACUUGGAAUAUGCAGAGACUUGGGAGGAAUGCGCAGUUCGUGAGACCCUUGAAGAAACAGGGCUGACCAUUACUAGAGUGACCUUUGACACAGUUAUCAAUGCUGUCAUCGAAGAGGAUAACUUCCACUGUGUUGUGAUAUUCAUGAAAGGAGAGAUAGACCCCACACAGCAGAAGGAACCUAUAAAUAUGGAACCCAAUAAAUGUGAAGGUUGGGAGUGGUGGGACUGGGACAAGUUUCCUGAGCCAGAUGACGUGUUCUGCACUCUGAGGAUAGCCAGAGAGAAUGGCUAUAAUCCAUUCACUAACUGAUGAUUCUGAUGCAGAAAGUACUUCACUAUCCAAUACACUGCAGCUGAAAAGACACGGUUUUUUUGUAUAUCAGCAGCGGAUUCAGAGGGGGGGGGGGUGCAGCCGAUGUGCACCCUCCUACUUUUCACUUUAGAAGCACUUCAAAAGUUUGAUAGGUUUAGGUUGAAGUUUGUGAGCUAAUGUAGAUUGUAUCAGCAUUCCAAAAGAAAUAAGAGAGUAUGUUUGGUGACUGACUUUCAUGAAAUUGUCCUGAAAUUGUUGUCUUUAAAGAUUCUGGGGCAGUCUGACCAGGGCAAGAUGGGGUAUAUUUUUUAUAAAGCAAUAUUUAUUUUAGUGACGGAGGCAGAGAUGAUGUAAACCUAAGAAUUUCUCAAAAGAGCUGUCUCUUAUUCUGUCCAGUGGCUAAGAUGAUGUAAUACAGUAACUCAACAAGAACGAUACUCGUUCCAUACCUGCAUUGGACAGGUUCUGUCCAGUGGCUAAGGUAGUGUAACAUAGUAGUUCAAAAAGGGACUUU